UCCAAAAUGGAGAUCGCAUUAGUGAUCGAUUUGUAAACCUCCCGAUUUAUUCAACGAAUAACUACAGAAGUAUAUAAUAGAUCAGUGCGGAAAUUGGCGUCCUCGUAGAUAUUGGAAACGUUCACACCGUACUAAAAUUUCAAGGAAAACGGUCCUGGAACAAUGGAGAAAUUACAUCUGAUUUUAGGUGUAGCAUUCACAUUGCUGUUUUGCAUGUGUGUGACUGACGGUGAACAAGGUCACUGUCUUUGGUAUGGCGUCUAUGAAGACGAUACACACAAUCUCCCGUAUACCGGACCGGCCAAGCCACUUAAUGACACCGACGCCAUCAAGAUUUUGGGCGACUUGUGCCCGCAGUAUGCCAUUGGCAAAAAUCCGCUGACAUGCUGCAGUGCCAAGCAACUGAAAACAUUGAACACAAAUUUAGCCGUACCUUUUCAAAUCUUUGGGCGAUGUCCGGCAUGCUUGAGAAACUUCAUCAACAUGUUUUGCGCGUUCACGUGCGACCCUUACCAGACCGACUUCAUGCUCGGUUACGUCAAUAACGUGACGGCGCAGGAUUACGUGGAGCAUGUAGACUUUGCCAUGACGUGGGACUAUGCGCUUGGGUUCUUCAACUCGUGCAAGGAUGUCCAGAUGCCGAGCUCUAAUGGAAAGUCUCUCCAGUUGGUUUGUGGGAAUAAGAACAUCAAAGACUGCAAUGUUACAGAUGUCUUUAAGUUCAUCGGGACGAAGGGUAAUGUAGGCGUCCCAUUCGGGAUCAACUACAAUGUCACCGACAUGCCGAUUUUGGUUGAGAACUCGACCGCGCUCGUCCCGAUGAAUAAGACAAUCACACCUUGUAAUUUUGCUCCGAACAAUGACACCCAAGCAUGCAGUUGUCAAGAUUGUAUAGCAUCAUGUGGACCUCCACCCCCUGCUAAAGUUCUUCCACCUCCGUGGACGAUUCUUGGUGUGGAUGCAAUGUGGUUCAUUAUGUUCUGCGUUUUUGCCGGUUUCCUUCUCGUCUUCUGCACCUAUCAGAUUUGGUAUCUUAUCGUCCUGCGAGACGGUUUCGGAUUGGAUCCGGAUGGUCCCGGUUCGUUCAGCACCCUUGAUACCCAAGUGACACCUGGUGAGCCGAUACACCGAAAGAGAGGAGCAAGUGAACCACCGGUUGUUUCAUUGGAAAGUAUUGGCUGUCUGGAAAAAAUCGGAGCCAAAUUUGAACGUCUUUUGGAACUUGGAUUCAGACGCUGGGGAACUAUCGCUGCGACGUAUCCUUUCACUGUUCUCUCGGUCGUGUUGGUCAUCGCCAUCAUCUUCUGUAUUGGUAUUGUCAAGUUUGAUGUUGUGACUGAUCCCGUCCAGCUGUGGUCCGCCCCAGACAGCACCGCUCGCGUGCAGAAGAGGACUUACGAUAGCACAUUUGGGCCUUUCUUCCGCACUGAGCAGUUGAUCAUCACGGUGAAUACCACAAAACACGGCAAAUAUUGGGAGAGAAAGGACUCGGCCCCAAACACAGGAACAAGGAAUUUUAGUACUGCUCUCAAAUUAGACAUUUUGGAGGAGAUUCUGACUCUUCAGAUGAAUAUCGUGAAUAACGUUGUUGGCAAAUACACUGGCGAUUACGGCACUGAACCUAUAUAUCUUAACGAUAUCUGUUUCAUGCCACUAAGUCCUAAAAUAAAAAACUGUACUAUUUUGAGUGUGUUGAAUUACUUUCAAAAUGACAACACAACUCUGAAUCGUAUAGUUAUGGAUCCAUAUCACUUGUUAAGAAAUGCUGAUUAUAUCGACCACUUUAUUUCUUGCGUGCGGUCGCCCGCCUCUGUUCAAGACACUGGCCAAUUCAACACAUCGUGUCUCGGAACGUACGGUGGCCCCAUCUUCCCGUGGGUAGCACUUGGUGGAUUCCCCGAGGAAAAUUACGAAAACGCUACGGCGAUUGUCAUCACAUUUUCGGUGAAUAACGCAGUUCGAGACUCCAUCGAAUACAAAAAGGCCAUGGCGUGGGAAAAGGCUUUCAUUGAGUUCAUUAAAGGAUAUGCCAAGCCUGCGGAUAAUAAUAUAUUUGUGAACUUUUCAUCUGAGCGUUCUGUCGAAGAUGAGAUUAACAGGGAGAGCAAUUCCGACAUCUUUACAAUCCUGGUGAGCUAUUUGCUCAUGUUUGGCUAUAUCUCAGUCACCCUCGGCCAGUUCACUUCCUUUGACAGAAUCUUUAUCGACUCAAAAGUCACCCUUGGCAUCUCUGGAGUACUCAUCGUCCUCCUUUCUGUUGGAUGUUCCCUUGGAAUCUUCAGCUACUGCGGACUCCCAGCAAGUUUGAUCAUCAUCGAAGUCGUACCUUUCCUCGUCCUGGCGGUCGGCGUCGAUAACAUCUUCAUUCUCGUGCAAGCGUACCAGAGGGAUCCGCGGGGACCCAUGGAAAGCCGCGAGGAACAAAUCGGAAAAAUACUCGGCAGGAUAGGUCCCAGUAUGCUGCUGACAAGUGCGUCAGAGUCUGUCGCGUUUUUCCUUGGUGCCUUGACGUCAAUGCCGGCAGUCCAGAUGUUCUCACUCUACGCCGGCGGGGCCGUCCUCUUUGACUUCCUGUUCCAGGUCACAGCCUUCAUCAGCUUGCUGUCACUUGACUCAAAACGACAAGAGUCGAACCGCUAUGAUGUUGCCUGCUGUUUUAGAGAAAACAAAAAGACCGACUACGUUCCAACUGAUGGAUUCCUGCUCAAUUUCUUCAAGAAGUAUUACUCCCGAUUCCUGAUGGCCGACUGGGUCAGGGCGACUGUUAUGGUCAUCUUCACGGGAUGGUUCUGCUCCUGCGUCGCUAUGAUUGACAAACUCGAAAUUGGUCUCGAUCAGAAACUCUCCAUGCCGAGUGACUCGUACGUCUUAAGAUACUUCGAGGCUUUGGAGGACUACCUUCACGUUGGACCCCCUGUUUAUUUUGUCGUCGGGAAUGGCCAUGACUAUACGAGUAUCGCCGGUCAGGAUAUGAUAUGCGGUGCGACUGGAUGCCCGCAGGACUCAUUGCUUGGACAGGUUUACACAGCAUCAAAAGACCCUAAUUCAACAAGAAUAGCGCAGCCUGCAACAUCUUGGCUUGAUGAUUUUGUUGAUUGGACGGACCCCCGUGGAAAUCCUCCGUGUUGUCGGGAAUAUACAACACCAGACCAUGGAUUCUGCCCCGCUACAGUGGAGAAUAGGACGUGUACAACAUGUCAUAUCGAAAAGACGCAGGGACGGCCGGAUCCAGAUGACUUCAUGAAGUAUUUACCGUGGUUUUUGAAGGACAAUCCAGGAACAAAAUGUGCUAAAGGAGGCCACGCCGCCUAUGGGUCAGCGGUCAAACUACUUGACAACAAUACCCAGAUUGGUUCGACCUAUUUCAUGACAUACCACACAAUCCUAAAAACUUCGGCUGAUUACAUUGACGGAUUAAAACAAGCUUAUAUCAUCGCCGACAACAUCACCAUGACGAUUCAGAACAGUACGGGUAUGGGAGAUAACCUCAACUAUACAGUGUUCCCUUACAGUAUUUUCUAUGUCUACUACGAGCAGUACCUACACAUCGUCCACGACACUUGGUACAACCUCAGUCUCUGUAUGGCCGCCGUUUUCGUCGUCACGUUCCUAUUACUCGGAAUCGAUCUCUGGUCGGCGAUCAUUGUCCUCAUCGUCGUGGCGAUGAUUGUUGUUAGCAUGCUGGGUAUGAUGUCCAUGUGGAGUAUAUCGCUGAACGCGGUCGCACUCGUCAACUUAGUCAUGACCGUUGGUAUUGGUGUUGAGUUCUGUUCUCACAUUGUCAGGAAGUUCGCCAUGAGUAUAGAGGGUAGUAGAGUGCGUCGCGCUAAGGAUGCUCUCGCUAAUAUGGGAAGCUCAGUUUUCAGUGGUAUUACGUUGACCAAGCUAGUCGGUAUCAUCGUGCUGGCGUUCUCCAAGUCACAGCUGUUCCAAGUGUUCUAUUUCCGGAUGUAUCUAGGCAUCGUGAUAUUUGGCGCGUCCCAUGGGCUUAUCUUCUUGCCAGUGUUACUAUCCUAUAUUGGGCCCCCGAUGAACAAGGCCAAGUUGUACGAGCACCAGUACAGGCGCCAUGCAGAGGAGGGUGAAGGACAUCACGGAACAGAUAGGCGGGAGCAAGCAAAUAUCGUAAAUAACGAGGAACCACCAGCUUAUGAAAAUGUCCGAUAUUGAGAACAUUUAAGUUUAUGACAAUUGACAUGAUGGCCUUGCUAGCUUUAUUGGUCUUUACAGACUUUGAUAUCAGUUUUCAAACUGAAGCUUGUUGACAUUAUGAUGAAAUGGCAUGAGGUGUACAGGUGGUUUUGGCAAACUUUCAUGAAGUGGAUGAGAGUGACAGGUCAAAUGUUCAUAUAAAUCAGAUAUGGUUGCUGCGAGAUUGAUGUCUUGAGUGAGGUUGACAUCAAAUAGGGAUCUGUGCUAAUGGUUUGUCAUGUUGGCUUGACCUCUGGCCCGCUGUGUGACAUCACAAACCGAUAAAGGUGGGGAGGCCGUCAUGAAUACGACAGCUAACUUUUUUACUGGAAUUGAUGAUGGUACGGUUUGCGCAUAACUGACCAAUCAACAAACAGCCAGCAAAUGAUGUAAAUCAUCUGAUUUACUUACUGGCUCUGAUUCUUGAUUGGUCAGUUAUGCACAAACCGUACCAUCAUCUCAUCCAGGACCAAAGUUCUGAACUGUUGUAUUAAAAAAUAAACAAAGCAAUGUGAUACACUCUGCUAGGUAGUUUAAUCAAUCAAUUCAAGGGACUCAUUUUACUUGAUGGUGAUCGGGAUCAAAGAAAGUGUAUUACUGAGAUUACAUGUACAGUCCAAGAAUCUGUGAUGCUUGUUUGCUGAAUGCAAAGUAGUCAUUGUCAUAUUGGUCUUAACAAUGAGACAGUAUAGUGUAAAAUGUUAUCAUGUGGUUAGGAAAGUGUGGUUGUAUAACUGCAUAGAACAUACUGGUAUUGACAUUGCUCACUGUCGUGGACUUCUGUGUAAUAUUACCUUUUUAUGUGAAACAUUUUCUCAGGUAGACAAGGUCGUGGCUACAAAUAUCUGCAUACUGGGUGGAACCACUGUCUGCUACUUCAUUGAUUAAAACCUGUAUGUCCCAUUUCAUACAAUAUGUAUCCUUCACAUUUCAUACAAUAUGUAUCCUUCACAUUUCAUACAAUAUAUAUCCCUUCAAGUUUCUAAAUGGUGCUUGCUGCAAUGAGCAGAUAUUUAGCAGUUAAAUUUGAGUCAUAAUCUUGUAAAUAGUAAUCAUUUAGCUUAAUUAUUUCAGUUUUGGCAGUUAUGUAACUGUGUUUUGUUCCACAAUCAGAGGAGAGGUGGUCAAUCAUGGCUUAGCCUUAUGAUAAUCUGUGUCACUGGUCAUAUGCUGUACUCUGCUCAAUUUUCACGUCACAGACACUCUUCAUUGUCUUUUCAAUUGAGAUGGCAUUUCGUAUGAAAGCAAUGUUCCGUACCACCUUCCAUUGACGGUCGUACUCCUGAAUGUUUAGAUGUCUCUUACUUGAUCGACUUAGAAAUGGGU